AUGUCUAGGCAGCUUGCUGAGAGAAAUCAAGGCCAAUUUCCAAGUAACACUAUAGUCAAUCCGCGAGAAGACUGCAAGUCCAUUGUUACAAGGAGCGAAAUUGUGAUUACUCCUCAAGAAAAGCCAAAGGUGGUUCAGAAAAAGAAAGCUGACGAACCAGUAAUUGAACCAGAGCAAGAAAAAGAGGAGGAAACACCUGCAAAUGAGAAAGAAGAGCCUGCUAAAAAAGACAAAGGAGAGGCAAAUGAGAAAGCUGUAGAGACUCCAAAGAAUGGCUCUCACAAGGAGUGCAGUGCCAUUAUUCAGAAGAAAUUUACACCGAAGCUUCGAGAUCCAAGGAGUUUCAACAUCCCGAUUGCGAUAGGCAACAUUAAUGUUGGUCGGGCAUUGUGCGAUCUUGGAGCAAGCAUCAACCUUAUGCCGCUAUCAGUAAUGAAGUCUCUCGAAAUUUUCGAGCUGAAGCCCACUAUGGUGUCUCUCCAACCUUCUGAUAGGUCUCUGAGAAGACCAAACGAAGUAAUAGAAGACGUACUUGUCAAGGUGGGCAAGUUCAUCUUUCAUGCAGACUUCGUAGUCCUAGACAUGGAAGAAGAAGGAGACAUGCCCCUUCUGUUGGGUAGACCCUUCCGUGCCACAGCCAGAGCCAUGAUUGGCGUGGAGAAAGGAAAGUUGGAGUUGAGAAUGGAUGACGAAAAGGUCGCCAUUAAUAUUUUUGAUGUUAUGAAGCAUGCUGAGGCUAAAAACGACUGCUUUCGGGUGGACAUUCUUGAAGAACUGUUCCUUGAAAAGAAAGAUGAUGGUCAGACUCUUGAAGAAGAGACAAAAUUCUUUGAUGAGAACCCUCGAAAGGAAAAUUCUAAAAUUCCAAUGGAAGAGUUGAAGAAGAAGGAUUCAGACAUCACAGUUGAAGCACCAGAGGUGGAAUUAAAAGAGCUUUCAUCUACUCUUAAAUACAUCUUCUUAGGAGAUACAGAGACGUAUCCUGUCAUCAUCAACAAAGAGUUGUCUGAUUCUGAAGAAACCAAGUUGAUGAAAGUGCUCAAAGACCACCAAACAGCCAUAGGGUGGUUUAUAUCUGAUCUAAAAGGAACCAAUCUUUCCUUCUGCACUCACAAAAUACUUAUGGAAGACAACAUCAAACCUGUGAGGAAGCCUCAGAGACGACUCAAUCCUACCAUGAAAGAGGUAGUUCGGAAGGAAGUAGUGAAACUCCUUGAUGCCGACAUGAUUUACCCAAUCUCAGACACUGCAUGGAUACCUGUUGCACCAGAGGAUCAAGAGAAGACAACAUUCACUUGCCUCUUUGGAGUGUUUGCCUACAGAAGGAUGCCAUUUGGCCUCUGCAAUGCACCUGCUACUUUUCAAAGAAGAUUCAUCAAGGAUUUCUCCAAAAUUGCAAAGCCUUUGAGUCAACUCUUGGUGAAAGACACUAGCUUUAAUUUUGAUGAAGAAUGUUUGCAUUCCUUUAAUCUGUUGAAGGAAAAACUUACCAUUGCGCCUGUUCUGAUGGUGCCUGAUUGGAAUCUUCCAUUUGAGCUCAUGUGUGAUGUGAGCGCAUACGCAAUAGGAGCUGUACUCGGUCAUCGUAAGGAUAAACUGUUGCAUGUUAUCUACUAUGCUAGCAAAGUUUUAAAUGAGGCACAAGUUAAUUAUGCCACAACUGAAAAAGAAAUGCUAGCUGUAGUUUAUGCAUUAGAUAAAUUUAGACCUUAUUUGAUAAGAUCUAAAAUUAUUGUUUUUACUGACCAUGCUGCAUUGAAGUAUCUAAUGAGUAAACAGGAUGCAAAGCCACGACUGCUGCGUUGGAUGCUUCUGUUCCAGGAGUUUGACUUGGAGAUUCGAGACAAGAAAGGGUUAAAAACACUAAGACAUUAG